ACGUCAAUGCACGUCAACUGGAGAACAUGAUGCCUGCUGCAAGUCAACUCGUGUACUCUCGCUAAUAGAGCUGAAAUAUUAUAGCCCUUUUGUACUAGCAAGGGUGGCGUGAGAGACCACGACGCUCGCAAAUGUCCUGUUUUCUUUCCUUUGAACUGAGCGCGCCGUCACCGUUCAAGCUGGCUGGCAAAAGAGGGAUUGUACUUUGUCUAUUUUUGAUAGACAUAUUCUAGCAAGCUUACUUGUUUUCCCCUUCUUUGAUAUCGUCAAGCAAGUGGCGGGUCCCUACGUCCUCUCCCCCAAAUCCCAUACACUCCAAGAGCAGCAUGGUCAUGGCUGACAGUCACCAAAAGCCGAUGCUUCGGGGUCCAGUUCGAGUGGGCUUUUACGAUAUCGAACGCACUUUAGGAAAAGGCAAUUUCGCUGUGGUGAAGCUGGCGAGACACCGCAUCACCAAAACGGAGGUGGCCAUCAAGAUCAUCGAUAAAACACAGCUGGACGCGGUGAACCUGGAGAAGAUCUACAGGGAAGUCCAGAUCAUGAAGAUGCUGGACCACCCGCACAUCAUCAAAUUGUACCAGGUCAUGGAAACCAAGAACAUGCUGUACUUGGUGACGGAGUAUGCCAAAAACGGAGAGAUCUUUGACUAUCUGGCCAACCACGGGCGGCUGAGCGAGCCGGAGGCGCGGCGCAAGUUCUGGCAGAUCCUGUCGGCCGUGGAGUACUGCCACAACCGCAACAUCGUCCACCGCGACCUGAAGGCCGAGAACCUGCUGCUGGACGGCCACAUGAACAUCAAGAUCGCAGAUUUCGGGUUCGGUAACUUCUUCCAGCCGGGGGAGCCCCUGGCCACGUGGUGCGGGAGCCCCCCUUACGCUGCUCCGGAGGUCUUCGAGGGGCAGCAGUACGAGGGACCCCAGCUGGACAUUUGGAGCAUGGGCGUGGUGCUGUACGUGCUGGUGUGCGGGGCGCUGCCCUUCGACGGCCCCACCCUGCCCGUGCUGCGACAGCGCGUUCUGGAGGGGCGGUUCCGCAUACCCUACUUCAUGACGGAAGACUGUGAGCACCUGAUCCGGCGCAUGCUGGUUCUGGACCCGUCCAAGCGGCUGUCGGUGGCGCAGAUUAAGGAGCACCGCUGGAUGGCGCUGGAGGUGCCCGUCCAGCGGCCCACGCUGUACCAGCGGAGCACGCCCGCCGAGGGCGAGGCCGGGGGCGUGGCCGGGUACAGCGAGCAGGUGCUGCGGCUCAUGCACAGCCUGGGCAUCGACCAGCACAAGACCGUGGAGUCUCUGCAGAACAAGAGCUACAACCACUUUGCCGCCAUCUACUACCUCCUGGUGGAGCGGCUGAAGGCCCACCGCUGCAGCUUCCCCGUGGAGCAGCGGCUGGACCCCCGGCAGCGCCGGCCCAGCACCAUCGCCGAGCAGUCCCUCGCCAAGGCGGGCGGCGCCGUUCCCGCGCAGGUGGGGCUCCUCCCUCAGGGCGUGCGCCUCCUGCGGUCCUCCGCCCUCCCGCAGCCCGCCGCCGAGUCCUUCGCCUUCCCACAAUCCUCCUGUCAGCCGGAGCACAGCUUUAUGGAGGAGGACGUGGGGACGCCCAAGGUCAAUGGCUGUCUCCUGGAGCCCCUCCCCCCCGCCAUCAUCCGCAAAACCAGCACCUCGUCGCCUAGCAACAUGAUGGAGACCUCCAUCGACGAGGGCAUCGAGACGGAGGAGCCGGAGAUGGAGGACGACCCCUCCCACGUCUUCGCCGCCUUCCAGACGGCCCGAUUCGGCCAGCGCCGCCACACCCUCUCCGAGGUCACCAACCAGCCCGGCGGCGUCACCGGCACAGGGAAGCUGUUCAGCAUGGGCCACAACCCGUCCCUGGGCAGCGUGGACUCCGAGUACGACAUGGGCUCGGUGCACAGUGACCUGAGCCUGCUGGAGGACCCCUGUGCCGCCAACACGUCCGGCCCCCGCAUGACCCCGCCCUUCAUCGGCCUGAAGCCCGCCAACCCCGCCAUGCAGACGCUCUCCUCCCAGAGGAGGGAGGCCCACAACCGCUCACCAAUCAGCUUCCGCGAGGGCCGCCGCGCCUCCGACACCUCCCUCACGCAAGGCUUGGUGGCCUUCAGGCAGCACUUGCAGAACCUGGCCCGGACCAAAGGCAUCCUGGAGCUGAACAAGGCGCAGAUGCUGUAUGAGCAGAUGGGCUCCGGGGAGGACCCAGGGCUCUACCCUCCGGACACGCACCCGCACCUGUACGACCUGCUGGACCCCCUGCUGCAGGGCGAAGGGGGCCAGCAGCAGGACAGUUUAGCGGUGUUUUCGGCUGGCGCCCAACCCCCGUUACUGUCCCGGAGACAGAGCCUGGAGACCCAGUACCUGUCCCACAGACUGCAGAAGGGCAGCCUCAUGGUCAGCCCCCCCAGCAGCUGCCAGAUGUUCUGUAAGGAGCCCCCCCGCAGCCUGGAGCAGCAGCUACAGGAGCACAGGCUUCAGCAGAAGAGGAUGUUCCUGCAGAAGCAGUCUCAGCUGCAGUCCUACUUCAAUCAGAUGCAGAUUGCAGAGGGCUCGUACCCCCACCCCCCUCCCAGGGGCCCCGGGGACCAUUCGGGCCCUCCCCCUCUGCAGGGCCCCAUCGCCACGGCGACGCAGCCCAGCGCCCAGCCGUCCCCUCACUACGGGCGGGCCCCGGGCCUCGGGCCCCUGAUGGGGCCCAGCGCUGAGGCCGUGAUCUUCGAGCCCUACCCGGGUCACUACCCGCAGCUGCUCCACGCCCCGCCCCUUCCCCCCGGCCUCCCCGCCCACCCGCACGGCCACGCCCCCGAGGCCCUGGGCUACCCCGUCUGCGACCUGACCCUGUCCCACUCGGCGGAGGCGCUGUGUGCGGAGCAGUACCAGUGCCCCGCGGACCCCGGGCAGCCUCCCCCCGCGGCCCAGGCCGAGGGCGCCGGGCCCGGGUACGACGGCCUGGCCCUCCCCGAGCUCCACGACGCCUUCCUGGAGGGCGAGAUGAUGGAGACGGUGGACUCGCAGCACGGCUUCGUCCUGGUGAACUGAGCGGGGCAUUCUGGGAGAUGCAGUAUUACCCGUGAGACUCGCACGGCUUUGAACAGGGUCUGGGGGAGGAGCCCGCGCGUGGAGGGGGAGGGGCCGACGGGUGAAAAGAAAUGGUCGAGAGACAUUUUUUGAGAUUUCGGUAUCGUUCAUACUGUUUUGGUCAUCAAGAACCUCGAGACUUUCUACCGAAACCCUCCCUACCUCCCUGACUUGAACCCCCGCCGGUCCUACUGGCGCUGCUUCCAGCCCCCCCCCCUCGGGGUUCUGCGGCCAAUGGCUAGCGAGCGCGCGUGGGCCUCUGCGGGCGCGUACAUGUGCGUGUGUGUGUCACAUGACCUCCCCCCGCGGAGAUGUCUGCCUCAGAGCCAAGGCAGAAGCUGUUAGCUUUGCUAGCGGCGUCAGGCCUGGAGAGGCUCCAGCUCCUUCCCAAGAGCACAAACAACGGCAAGCGCGUUCGUUGUUCUUUCUUUUCCUUUCCUUUUUUUAAAUACGGUCAUAGGACAGAGACUUGGCUCACAAAUCCCUUUGUGGACGUGACAUUUCAUUCGAACGAUGAAAACAUUACGCGCUCUUACGUGAUGUAAGUGCGCUGUCCUUGGAUUUUUUUUUUUUUUUUUUUUUUUGGUGUGGCAAUAUUGAAGCAAUAUUAUUAAUCUGGAACUGAAAGAAACCUUAAGGUUUCUGAAGGAAUUAUCUUAUUUUAGUAACCUUAAGAGUUGUCAAGUGGCCUAAAGUAACCUAAAGAUUGUCGAGCGAGAUUUAGACAAGGAGGAACACAAGGCUAAGUCACUUGACACUGGAUUCAGACGACUAGCUGACUCCUGUUCUCACGGCAACGCGAUUGAAGAAGGGUUUUCCUUUUCUUACAGCACUUAUUAAAAAAAUCUACUUGAAACGUAAUAAUAAAUCGCUGACUAAAUUUGUAACGCUACUUUUUUUCUGAAAAAAAUAGGAGGAUGAAAAUAAAUUUGUACUGUAUUGUGUCGGUCAUAACGGAAGGAAGGCAAGGCGGACGUCAGUGUCGAGAGAAGUUCUUGUACUGGAGCACUUUUUCUAGGAAGUAAAAAUGAACGAGGAGGAGGAGGCAGCCUGGAUGAAGAUUCCGGUUUGCCGGUUCUGCAGACUCAAAAGAAGGGACACUUAAACUCUUUCUUUUGGUUUUGUUUAGUUUUUUUCCUUUAAAGAGGACACAUUGAACUCGGGAUUUUCCAGAGUAAGACCGGAGAGACUUUUGGUAUUGGUGAUUGUUCACUUGUGCUUUGUAUAAAAUUAGGUUUUUAGAGAUUCUUGAAUGUGUUGAAUUCAAGAAACAACAAAUGACGUGUUCAGUGUGGUAGUGCUGUGCCUUUUAAUUUUCCCCUUAAUUUAAGAAUUGGAAAUAUAUAUAUAUUUUUGGUUUUUUUAGGAUUUAUUAUUUUUUGUUUUGUUUCUGGUAUCCCUUUUGGAACUAAGUAGACCCAAUUUUAUUAAGGUACAAAACCAAAGUCCCUUCAGAAGGUUCUGGUUCUCAACCCACCAUGUGGCGUUUGGACCUUCAUAGUUUCUUCACAGAAUUGUUAUUGUUUUGUUUUACCUUUUUUUUUUUUUUUUUUUUUUUUUUUUGGUCAGUCAGUAUAUGCCGUACAGAAGUAUUAUAGCAAUAUUUAUGAAUAACAGUUAUGAUGCUGAAAUUAAGGGUAGUGAACAUGUUGCAGUAUCAUGUUGUUUGUGUCAUGUCACCUUCAGCUGAAACAAACACCGUUCUUUGGAGUUCCACAUUUGCAUAUUUGCCAUCGUUGAUGUUGACCACACAUAAGCUAACAUGCUGUUUGAGACAUAAAUAAGAAAGGUUCGUUCAAAA